AUGACAUCCGCGCCCGCUCGUUUUAACCGAGAACAUGGCGCCUCUUCGUUGAGGCGUCUCGAGGACGUUCGGCCGCUGCUUUCUGGCUCGCGCAAGCGGGCUGGGGAGCGCGGUCGGCGAGCUGGGCGUUUGUCUGAUGGAUGUCUUGUCUUGUUUUGCUAUACCUGUGUAUUCUUCGUUGUAACUAGUCUUAGACUUCAUUACAAAGUAGCAUUGAGCCAAAUCAACCUCGAGCUCGUUCGACUUGCCUUUGGACGGGUUCAGCUUUGGUCAUCUUUCUUAACAAAAGUGAAUGAAUCAACGGAUGGGGAGGAUGUGGUGGGUCGUGAGCGAGAGGAAAUUCGGCUUACGCUUCGGACCUCGAGCCGAGAGAUUGCGUCAGCGUGGGCGCUUGAUGUCGCGAAGAUCUUUAAAUUUGUCCAUCGCCUACAAAAGGGAACUGGCAAGCUCGAUCGAGUAGUCAUGAAAGUUCUUGUUUUAGGGGCAACCGGAUUCUUAGGACAGCCAAUAAGUCAAGCACUGGUGCGCGCAGGCCACGAAGUCUAUGGUCUGGCUCGUACUUCGGAAAAAGCAAAACAGCUUGCGAGAGAUGAAGUGAUACCUGUAAUUGGCACCGUUGACUCUGACGCAUAUAUGCACCUUAUACCGACUCUCGACGUCGUUAUAUCGGCCAUAAACGCGACGCCAGACAUCCUCACAAACACAUUCAACAACGUUUGCGGAGCAGCGAAAGCUACGCGUCUCCCUGGCGCUGCGAAGCUCGCGUACAUCUACUCCUCUGGAACCUGGAUCCACGGCGACGACCGAACGACGAUCGUCAGCGACACAACACCCCUUACCAACCCAGUCAAGCUGCUCGCCAACUGGCUUCCUGGCCUUGAACAACAAAUCGUGGCAAGCACCAUCGUAAAUGGCAUCGUUCUACGUCCGUCGUUGGUCUACGGUCGUUCGGGCUCCAACUUUGCCCCGCUGUUCAAGGCGGCGUUGAAGGAGAAGAAGGUAGUGUGGCCAGGCAGACCCGGUGGGCGGUAUGCCUUGGUCCACGUCGACGAUGUCGCAGACGCCUAUGUUAGAGCAGCAGAGCGGUCCUCCAUCGCCGCCGGGAAGAUAUUCGACAUCUCAAAUGCGCAAACCGAAAGCGUGGAUGAGCUCUUAAGGCGGCUCGUCGAAGUCAGCGGCGUGCCUGGACCAUACGAAUACAAGGAGCCAACGUCGCUAUUCGAGGAAGCGUUUUCCUCGACUGCGAUCAUUCGCCCUUACCUUGCCAAAGCAUUGCUGGACUGGUCGCCGAGAAAGAUCGGUCUCACAGACGGAUUGGAGAUCUAUUACGCAGCGUGGCUAGCAUCGAGUACCAAGUCUUCACUGUUGACUCAAUAA